AGUGUGAAAGGAAUCAAUAUCCAUUCCUCUGCAAGAAAAAAGUGUUUGAAACCGCCACGACUCCAUCAAUAUCAUCUCCAACCUAACAACCCCUUCCAAAAUUACCAACUCUAAUCUUCCUUCCUAAAAGUCUGCGACGCGUCUUUUCCCUUUCCCUUUCCCUCCCUUUUCACUUCACCAACUACCUAUUCCUCAAAAUCCCACCCUCGAACAAAAAAAAACACCCACACCCACAACUCCGAACCUCACCCAAAUGGAGGUUAAACGACGCGCCGUUCGCACCCUCGUCUCGAAGCUAAGCUCCGUGUCCGAACGCACCCGAAUCGACGCACUCUGCGAGCUUCGUCUCAUGUCCAAGCAGGAACCGGAAACCCGACCCAUGAUUGCCGAAUCCGGAGCUAUCCCAUACCUCGCUGAAACCCUCUAUUCCUCUUCUCAUCCUUCACAGGAAAACGCCGCUGCAACACUUCUCAACCUCUCUAUAACAGAAAAGGAGCCCAUUAUGUCCACGCGCGGCGUCCUCGACGCAAUCGCACACGUCAUCUCGAACCAUAACUCUAGCUCUUCCCCCGCCGCCGUGCAGUCUUCCGCCGCCGCCAUCCACAGCUUACUCUCCUCCGUCGAUGAUUACCGUCCUGUUGUCGGUUCCAAGCGCGAGAUUGUCUACGCGCUUGUUGAUAUCCUCCGGUGCCACGUGUCGUCUCCGCCGCGGACGAUUAAGGACGCGCUUAAGGCUCUGUUUGCAAUCGCGCUCCACCCGCUCAACCGCGCUACGAUGGUGAAUUUUGGUGCGGUUCCUGCGCUGUUUUCGCUGGUGGUGAAGGACGGGAGGGUGGGGAUCGUGGAGGAUGCUACGGCGGUGAUCGCGCAGGUGGCCGGGUGCGAGGAGAGCGUCGAGGCGUUCCGGAAGGGGUCCGGAUUCGGCGUACUCGCGGAUCUCCUCGACCUGGCUACCGGAUCCAGCUUGCGGACCAAGGAGAAUGCGGUGUCGGCGCUGCUGAAUUUGGUCCGGUGCGGCGGAGAUAGGGUGGCCGGGGAGGUUAGGGACGUGGUGGCUUUUGGUGCGUUGGAUGGGAUUGCUGACGUGGAAGAUCAUGGAAGCGGGAAGGGGAAGAUCAAGGCCACGGAAUUGUUGAAGGUCAUGCUCGGUGAUGAUCGGGGAAGCAAUGGCAAUGAAUCUAUGUUGAGUAGAGGUUCAUCGUAUGAUUUUCCAGAUUCUGAAUGAGUUUGCUUUGAUUUUAUUAUUCGUUUUUGUUCUUUGCCCAAUUUAGUUUUAGGGUGGUGUACAAAUUAGGUUUUUAUUUCGUGCUAUUGUUGUUGUUGUUGGUGCUAUUGUCGUUAUUCUAUUGAUUAUGUUAUGAUAUGAGCAAUAUCAUGAUAUCUUGUACAUUCUGACAGAAAGAA